AUGGCCAAAACAGCUACAUCCAAGAUGAGUUUUGUCAUUGAACUGAUCAGCAUCGCUGUAGCAGCUUUUUCAACGGGAAGCGACUACAAAUGUAUACAGUUUAGGAACGUAGAAGAAUCGGAAGACAACAUACCAUAUGGGUAUGGGUUUUUCCACACUGUCUUUGCUAUGGGAUCCAUGUACUUUGGCAUGUUGUUUGUCGGCUGGGACACACACCAUACAAUGGAAAAGUGGAACAUGGAUGUUGGUUGA